AUGGAAGACGGCAGUGGGGAGGGAACGGACGGAGGGGCAAGGGCUGGGCACGUCGGUGGCGAAGGAGGGGAAAGGGACCGGCAGAGGGCGGUUCGAAACGGAGGCGAGCGACGAGGGGGUUGCGCGGCACAGCGGGAUGCAGCGGGGCGAGCAACCCUAGCAAGUGAAGCGCGCGACGCGGGCACAAUUACGUCGAGAAAUUGCUCGUGCGGCGGCGGCGGCGGCGGCGGCUGUGGGGGAGUCACCGUGGAGAAGGAAGAGGAGAAGGUUCGCGGCGUGGCAGGCGGUGGCGGGGAGAGGCAGGGAGGUGGUGGCAACGCGAGCGGGCGCGGGCGCCGGCGUGGAUGCCGGGAAGAAACGCGCGGGUUGGAACCGACAGCGAUGGAGGCGGAAGCAGCGGCCGAGGACCUCGAGAACGGAUGGGGUGCUAGGCGGAGGGGCACAGGUUUGGAAGUUGCCUUAAGUUAGAAAUCAGAAUUAAAACAACAAUUCUGGGUGUAUCUUCUAAAAAAUAAUUGUUAGUGUGGAACAAGAUGUGUUUUAAAUGUAAAAAUUCGAUCUUCAUAUAAAAAAGAUUUGUUUCUCAUACUUCCUUAUCAAUUU